AUAACAUUGGUGCGCUUAGUACCCAGAUUCAUAGGGCUGGUUUCCUAGCUUGUAUACUUUGAACAGGUUGGAUUUUUAACAAAUGCAAAGUUGAUUAGGCAGUUUUACCUCAAGGCUACUGGAGUUGUUUAUCUCACCAUUAAUUUUGCUACCAUUUGCAUUUGUUUAUUCCUGCUUCCUCUUUCCCAUACAAUUUUUUGCUGGUAUUAUUUAUGUAACAUUGAUAGCUAGUGAUUCUUGGUUUAAGAAUGUCACCAUUGGGUGGCAGGUCUGGGGAAGGGGCGGCGGGCGCCAUGUCGGGCCGCGAAGGUGGCAAGAAGAAGCCCCUGAAACAACCCAAGAAGCAGAACAAGGAGAUGGACGAGGAAGAUAAGGUUUUCAAGCAGAAACAGAAGGAAGAACAAAAGAAACUGGAGGAGCUAAAGGCGAAGGCCGUGGGGAAGGGGCCCCUGGCCACAGGUGGAAUUAAGAAAUCUGGCAAACAGUAAGCUGUUCUUGGUGGCUGAGGCAAU